UGUUGAAACAUGCGUCGUUUUUAGGUUAUAUUAAAAUUCAAACAUGUCUGUAAUAAGAAAAACCAUAGUUUCCAACUGCGAAAAACAAUUCUUAAAUAAAUGCCUGUCAGAAUGGACACGUGUGGACAGACGGGCGUUCGACGAGUACCGCCAAAUCGACAUAAAAUUCGGCCAAGAUUGGGGCUGUUGUUGUGUCUCCCUCGGUAAAACUAGAGUCUUGGCGCAGGUUUCAUGUGAAGUGCAAGUACCAAAAUCCUCCAGGCCUAGUGAAGGCAUGUUGAAUAUAAAUAUUGAAUUAACUCCAAUGGCUGCACCAUAUUUUGAAAGUGGAAGACAAACAGAAAUGUCAGUACAGUUGAAUAGGCUUCUGGAAAAAUGUUUGAAAGACUCAAAAGCAGUUGAUUUAGAAUCUUUAUGUAUUAAAGCAACUGAAAAGGUUUGGUCAUUGAGAGUGGAUAUAAAUGUAUUAAAUCAUGAGGGUAAUAUUCUAGAUUGCUCUUCAAUAGCUGCCUUGGGUGCUUUGGCACAUUUUAGACGUCCUGAUGUGACUUGUGAUGGGGAGGAAUUUAUAAUACACCCACUACAACAGAGAGAUCCAAUUCCAACAGUUAUUCACCACUAUCCUGUCUGUAUUACAUAUGCAAUUUUUAAUGGAGGUGAUCACAUCUUAGUAGAUCCUUCUCUGUUGGAGGAUGAAACAGCAGAUGCGUUUUUAACAGUGGGUUUGAAUUCAUAUAAGGAAUUGUGUGGGUUACAUUUAGGAGGGAAUGCUGAUCUGUCACCUGAGGUUAUUCUUCAAACUACUAAUAAGGCUGCUUUGCAUGCUGGUAAUAUUGUGAAAAUGGUUAAAGAGGCUUUAGAAAAUGAUAGCACAUCAAGAGCUGAAAAUAAGGUUAUUCACUUGGUAGAUUUUGAUAAAGUCGAUGUGGAUCCAGUAACAGAUUUGUCUGUUUCUUUGGAUUUGUGGAAGACAAAAGAUAAAAAAAAUAAAAAGAAAAAUAAGCAAGAUAAAAAUGGAGGUGAUAAUACAAAAAUUGUGAAUGUUGAGGUGUUUGAUAAAGGAGCUGGCACAUUGAUUGUGGAAGAUAAGGAAAAACAAAUACAAGAACAAUGGGGCUCUUGUAGUGAUGAUGAUGCAGAUAUUGAUGUUCAAAUUAUAGAAAAACCUGUGGAAACAUUAACUGUAGAUUCUGAUGACAGUGAAGAAGAAAGGGUUUUAAUUCUUAAUGCUGACAUGAAGACAAAUAAAAAGAAGAGAGUGAAAAAAUAACUUUUUGUUAACAUACAAAAUAUUUUAUUAGUGUUAUAAGAUUAAAAACAGAUUUUAAUAUUUUGCUAUCAAUGAAUAAACUUUAUAUAAGAA